AUGGGGGACCCAAACGCUGUGGAGCUGCGCCCUAUAGACGAAGACCACAGCGAAAGGGACAAAAAAUCGGGAAACGCAGGUGAUAGAAAGAAGCACCAUCGAAGGAAGGAAAGCUUAAACAAGGGGAAGGAGAAUGCACAUGGUUCGCAUAGUGAUGACCGACAGGGAAGUCAAUCGAGGGGGCACAGCGAUGCGCACAAAAGGAGGCAAAAUGGCCAUCGCCGCAGAGAUGGUUCGGGGAGAGGAAGUGCAGAGCCAGUCAGGGGUGAAAACGGCGCAUCAGCGAACGAAGCUGCGAAAGAGGAUGCUAACGAGGCUGCCAACGAGGCUGCUAAUGAAGCCGCCAACCAAACCGCUAGCCAAACCGCCAACCAAGCAGCUGCGGAAACCCCCCGAGCGAGGGAACGGCGAAGCCGCGCGCCCAGCGAGGGGCAAGACAGCUCCACGUGCGCCGACCUGGACGAAGAAGCCAAGUUCAUGGAGAACUGGGAGGAAACGCAGAAAAGGCUGUACGACCCAACCAUAGGGUUAAGGAGGCACUACACAAACGAACUACUCUCAUGUGGAGAAAAAAACAACAUACGUGUAUUGGAGAAAUGGUCAUCUAUGAUUAACAGAGACAUUAACUGGUUCAUGAAAACACACAAAACGACCUUCCUAAGGAGAGUCAAAAGAGGUAUCCCACAAAAAUACAGGUGGAAAGUGUGGUUCCAAAUAACCAACAGUAAAAUUCUGCUGAAUAAAUUUCAAAAAAAAUAUUAUUUUUUAUCAAAAAAAAAGUCAAAUUAUACGAAUUUGAUAAUGAUAGAUAUUUCGAGGACCUUCCCCGAGUUGUUAAUAUUUGAUAAGUAUGCUCAGGAGCAGCUAUUUCGCAUUUUAAAUGCAUAUUCAAAUUUCGAGCCGUCGGUAGGGUAUUGCCAAGGGAUGAAUUUCCUCGUAGGACUCCUACUCAUAGUCAGCAAUUUUAACGAAAUCGAAACCUUUUGUGUUCUAGUUAGUCUCAUGAAUAAUUACCACCUGAAGGAAUUUUACAAAGAAAAAUUUCCUCUACUUAAUAGAUAUAUAUAUCUGUUUGAAAAAAUAUUACAAUGUGAAGUGCCCGACUUGGUUAACCAUUUUAAUCAGGAGGAAGUGUUUCCACCUGUGUACCUACACCAGUGGUUACUAACCCUAUUCAUUGCUAGCCUCCCCAUCAAAAGUGUUAUAGUCAUAUGGGACUACCUGUUCAGUACCAGCAUAAAAACCAUACUCAUCAUUUCUGUUGCUUUGUUGAAAAUUUUAAAAAGUUACUUAAUGAAACAUAAAUUUGAAAAAAUAUUAAAAUUAUUAAAAUCGUUAAAGUAUAAUGAAAGCAACGAUGAUAUUCUCAUUGCAAAAUUGUUGAUUAAAAAAUCAGAAUCAGUUAAUUUAAGUCCUGAACUUAGUUUCCUUUUUGAUAAUAUUGAGAGAGAGGAUAUUCCCUUUGAUGGGCAAUUCAAAUUUUUUAUUGGAGAUAUUAAUAAUUGUCAUUUUACCCACGUGGAGGAACAACCUGCUCCCAAUGGAAGUUUUAGCCCCUCGAAUUUUUCUGCCCUUGACGGAGUUCCCCUGCUGAAUUUCUUCUCCAACCGGGUGCUCAAAAGGGACAACAAAGCGGAGAGGAAAUCGCCCCAGGGGAAAGCAGCUAGGGGGCAGAGUCAGACCCCACGGAGGUCACCAAAACCGCAGCGAACACAAGAAGAAGACGCGAAGGAGCUGACCCAGCCAAUCAACUGCGAUCGGAGAGGAGAAGCAAAGGAAAACCAACAUGGGGAAUAUGAUCAGGAUAUCCAAGAUGGGGAAGAAAAAGCGAAGAACGGACGAGAGAGCAAUAACAUGAACACGUUUUACUACAAAAUUUUAAGCAGCAAUGAAAAGAAUUUAAAAAAAAAAAAUGCAACUGUGACUAGCCAAAAUAGCAGUAACGAAACGGGAAAUGGCAUUUUCAGCAAUUCGACCAACCAGAGCAAUAGGACCUACCACCAUGUGAAGUCGUCAAGCGUGCCCAGGUCACUCCCCAUCGGAGGAAGCAAAUCGAAAAGCAUGAACAUGAACAGCAGCAGUGGGUUACGAAGUGAAGAACCGUACGCCACUGAAUUGUGAAUGUACGACAGUUAUGUAAGCGAAGAAGAUUUGUCUAGCUUUAACGUAGCGGGACAGCAGGUCGUUAAAAGUAGGAAGAAAGGUCGUCAUAACCAUGGCAGGAGUGAUAAACGCAGUGGUGACCAACGUAGCUAUAGAGAGGAACAUGACUUUGAUGAUGAGGACCAGCAAGCAGACCAACACGUGUUGUGCAAAAGUGAUUCCUUUGUCGAAUUUAACCGAAGGAAGAAAUGCAAUCCAGGGGGGAAGAAGCAGGACACGGGGGAAAAAUACGAUUUACUUCAAGGAAAAUUUGUAACUGAUCGUAAUGGGAAGGAAAAAAAUGGAAAGGAAGAGAAUGGAAAGGAAGAGAAUGGACAGGAAGAGAAUGGACAGGAAGAGAAUGGACAGGAAGAGAAUGGAACGAGGAACAACUCUCGUUGCACCUCCCUGGAGGAAAAUCUACAAACAAAACAUUUUAGACUUAGUAAAGAAAGGAAAAGUCUCACAGGUAGCUUAAAAAGACACGCAUAUUACUAUAAUUCAAAUGACGCUAACAAUGAGUGUUACUACCCCUAUAGGGAGAACUCUGCGCAGAGGGAUGAAGGCUACUGGCUAAGGGAUGAUGACAAUCCAGCAGAAAGUAUUAUCACAGGAAAGGUGAAACAAUUUGAAAAAAAAAUGAAUGAGGAGGAGGAACAAGAAAUUAGCAAUGCGAAGGAGCUACGCAGGACGAAAGGAGGAGAAACAGCGGAAAAUGAAAAUCGGGAUGUCGAAAUUGAAGGAGAGGAUGACGAUGAGGAGGAGGAAGUAGAAGAAGAAGGAGAAGAAGGAGAAAGCAUUUUCAGUAUCAGCCAAUAUAUUAACCCGGACGAUAGCGAAAAGAAACAAAACAGUGACGAAAAAAAUAAUGGACUAGGAAUUUUUAAUUUAAUACACUCCUACGCCAAGGACAGUAGCUGGUUUGACGUUUCCUCAAUAAAUAAAUACUACCAGUUUGGCAAAACCAGUGGGGACAUGGAGCUGGAUGACAUAAACGCAGAUAACGAACGGGAGAACAAGGGGAGGUAUGCACGGGGUGAGAAGCGGGAUCAUGGAAACUAG